CGCCGUAACACACAGACGUUAAAUCUCUCAAAAGGAUGACUUUCGUAGCUUUCAUGUGAAAUCGAUCAGUUAACAGAGUGAUCAGCGCUUUACAAGUCGUGCUGGAGUUUCCACUAGAAGGAAGAACAAAUCAAAGUGAAAGGGGCCCAUACUUUAUUCAUUUAAUUUAAUUCUAAAAAGAAAUGCAGCUGAAACAUUACGUAACUUUCCUUGCGAUUGCAAUAGCAGUGGUGCGCAGUCUCAAAUACGAUGAUCUCAUCGUUGCCGCUGGUGAUCAGCUCGAAUUUCUCACCGAUGGAAGCGCUUAUCGAAGCUUGACUCUCAGUUCUUAUAACGCCACGAAAUUGUCGGCCCUCGCUUACGACGCCACGACGCAGAAACUCUAUUUCUCAGACCGACACCAUCACUACGGUCACAUCUUCAGCGUCAGUCUUGGCGAUGAAUACGGCCGUCCCGUUGAAGACAUCGUCGAGAAAAGCAACAAUGAAACUGUCGAGAGUUUGGCGUACGAUUCCGUGAACAAAAUGCUCUUGUGGACCGAUUGGUUCAAUCGAUCCAUACGUCGAGUAAAAGUCGCUCAAGAGCAUAUUCACAUCGAAGAGAAGGACGGAAUUGAGAUUGUCCAUUUCUUGGAAACCGACGCCAAACCGCGGGGAUUGGUAUUCGAUCCUUGCAUGAGGAUAUUGUAUUGGACCAACAUUUAUAAAUCCCGCCCUACGAUUGAACGUUCGUUUCUUAACGGGAGUCACCGCGAAAUCCUCAUUCAAAACGAUCUGUUUGUGCCCAACGCGCUAGACCUCGAUGUGCUGGAGCAGAGACUUUACUGGGCAGACAACCUCAGAGAAGACGACUACCACAAUUUCCACAUUGAAAGAAGCUUCGUGAAUGGGAGCGGCAGAGAGAAAAUCUAUCGCGGAAUUGGUCAAUUCAUUGUCAGUCUUACGGUGGGUGACGACUAUGUUUACUGGACGGAUUAUAACCACAAAAACCUCUGGGCUCUACGGAAGGAUGGAUCCUCGAAAAGUCCCAUGAUCCUUCGAACAUAUUCCCGAAAUCCAGCAAUGGGUGUGGUGAUAUUCCGUCGCCAGCCACUGGACUGCAGCGCGUGUUUAUCACCAGAAUUCCACCAUGAGUCUUCUGAAAGUAAAGAAGAAAUAAUUGUAGUAAUUUUAAGUGUUAUGGGCCUCGUCGUAAUGGGAAUAAUCAUCACUGUAAUUGUUUGGUGGGCGAGUUUAAAACGGCUCCUCGCUCUGCCUAAUAGGAAUGAAGGCACUUUCGCUUUCCGUAAUUUCCAGAACUGCAGCAGUGCUGCGACGAUGUCUGAAAUGAUAACAACACAGAAGCUGACGACAAGCGAGUCGACGAAGGAAAUUAGCGGAGGCAAUGCUAUACUACUCAGGAACGAUAACGACAACGAUGGUGGCGUUUUAUUGAAAUACGAAUUUUAAAAUCCCAAACGUUCCGCUUUUAAAAAAGAAGAUUUUUUAUACUUUUCCAUUCCAUUAAAUAUCUCCGCUUUGAAACGGUGAUUGGACUAUGUACAGUCAACGCAUAAUCUGUAAUAUUUUUGUGUACAUCGUUCAUUACACUGCCACGCCCUUA